UCCGCAUUCCCCGCAUGUGUAGAACGCAAUCAACAUGGUGCGUUGUGUCGACGGGGAGACGGAAGAGGUGUCACGAAAUAUCAAAGAUAAAUGCGACCCUACUGUUGCGAGUUUACGCUCGAUAACGUCACCAGCGUGAAGAGAGUCACGAAAUUGGUGGCGAGAUAUCGUAAAUGAGCUGUCGUGCCGCUCGAGCCUCCCGAUUACCCUAUUGACCUGGCGAACGACUACGCUUCCGUCUGCGAUCUUAAAAGAGCGAGCGACAUUGAAAAUACGUUCUUACUUCAUUUCCGAGGAUCAGCGGCGAUUUGGUGAUCUCAGAGGAGCGGUCACGUGAUGGUGUCGCUUGGAGGAACGCAAUGCGAGAGAGAAUCAACGUCGGAGAUCACACCUGCAAAAUGGUCGUGUAUGGUAUGCGCGAUGAGUAAUAAUGCAGGUCGAAGUCCUGCGCUGAGAUCGGAGUGAGAUCGGCGAUGUAUGCCGCGGGGACGCAUCACUGGGACAUGCUCGUCUGCUGCUUGUGUCAUUUUUGUUAAGUGACGAGUCAUGCCCGGCGAACCGCCAGCCACAGCUGGAAGUAAAUCCAGUAGCAAAGCAAAGAGGAUUUCCAUACCUCGCGUGCAGAGCAGUACCGACACAGAGCUACAGUCCCAACAGAGCCAAAGUGGCUCGACCCCGUUGCAACCCACUGCGUUGCACUAUGUCACCUUCCGUUCGGAGCUAGAGGACAGCCCGAUCCCACCGGCCCUGCGAUGCCGCUUGUAUGAACUCUUUCAGCAAAUCGAAAAGGAAUUUGAGAUGUUGUACACAGAAAAUCUUGGGUUGCAGGAAAAGAUCGACAUCCUGAAUGAUAAACUUGAAAGGGAGUGCUAUGGAUCGGGUGAGCGCAGUUUACCUCCUGGAGAUCUCACGGAUUAUCCCGAAACGAAAAAUCUGUCUAAGCAGAAAUCAAUGGGUGCAAACUCGGCGCAAAAGAUUAAAGCUUCUCACAAAUUGAAAGCACAGACUAGUAAAAUAGUUUCAAGCUUUAAAACUCCGUCUAUGACUUGCACCAUGCAAAAAGAAUACAUGGGUCACCGAGAUGGUGUAUGGGAAGUGUCCGUAGGCAGAUCAGGCCAAUCCAUUAUAGCAACUGCUUCCGCCGAUCAUACGGCACGUAUAUGGGCAAUUGACAACAGCCGAUGUUUACUGCAAUAUAUCGGUCACAAUGGAUCCGUGAAUUCGGUUCGAUUUCAUCCAAAUAGAGAAUUAGCUUUAUCGGCAAGCGGCGACUGUUCCGCUCACGUGUGGCAGGCGGCCGUCGAUUGGGAUAUGCCGAAAAGAGUGUCGUCAUUAGAAGAAUUACCAGUAGCCGGUUCCGAACGAUCCACUGCUAAUAAUUUAAUUAGUAAUAAUGACGAGCAAGACGAUCCUCCGACUCUAAGGACGCCGAUACGUGAACUUUUAGGUCAUACGAGCGUUGUAAUAGCUGCAGAUUGGCUUUCUGGUGCUGAGCAGUUAGUCACAGCUUCUUGGGACAGAACGGCGAAUUUGUACGACACAGAAACAGGAGAGAUUAUACACACGCUGUGUGGACACGAUCAAGAAUUGACCCACGUAUCAACGCAUCACACGCAAAAAUUGUGCGUCACGUCCAGCAGAGACAAUACAUUCAGACUGUGGGAUUUUAGAGAACCAAUACACUCGGUUUCGGUAUUUCAAGGUCAUACAGAAACAGUAACGUCUGCAGUCUUUACGAGGGAGGAUAAAAUUGUAUCUGGCUCGGAUGACAGAAGUGUAAAAGUAUGGGAAUUGCGUAACAUACGGAGUCCAUUAGCGACAAUACGUGGAGAUAGUGCUGCUAAUAGACUAUCAGUUUCUAGUACCGGGAUAGUGGCAAUACCACAUGACAAUAGACAAAUACGUUUAUUUGAUCUAAGUGGUCAACGUUUGGCGAGGUUACCUAGAACUAGUAGACAGGGCCAUCGUAGAAUGGUGUGCUCUGUUGCUUGGUUGGAAGAUAGCAGUGUGUGUAAUUUAUUUUCUUGUGGUUUCGAUAGACUAGUGUUAGGUUGGAGCGUUCUUCCCGUUAAAGAUGCUUGAACAUCAAAAACUGUGUGGUUUUAUCGGGUAUUUUAUGUCAUGUUAGUGUGAUAUUGGGAAUAUUUAGGUGCAAUUUAGAAAUGGAAGUACAUAUAUAACCAUACAGUAAAAAUCCAGCAAUUAAUCCAAUCAAAGAUCCUCCCCUUCCACUCUUGCAGACAACUGCAAUAAAAAAAAAAACCAAAAUAUAUUGUACGUAUUAUUAAGUAAUUGAUCAAAGAUAAAUUAUAAAUAGAAAAUGUGAAUUUUGAAGUUGCAAUAAAACUAUAAAUGUCUUACGUA